CCAUCUUCCCUUUUUCUUUUCUUCUACUGAAGCCUCAUCCUCCUUUAUAGAAUUUUUAUAAAUAAAAAAAAAAUUAUUUGGGAAUUUUCUGGUGCACAAACUCGGCUGUACGGAAAAGCUCUGUGUCGUUAAACCACUGGCACUCUUCCUCACUUCUAAAAUAAAAGGCAACAAAUUCGUUUCUCCACGGUAAGCUUUAGAUACAUAUAGAUAUAGCAAUGUCGACGACCGCCAGAAUUCAUCCAGCAGCCUCUACAGUGCUCUCCUCCACCAUCAAACACCACCUCCUCCGACCGCCUCCAACCGCUGUCGUAUUCAGAACCAAUCCCAACUCCGUCAGGCGUCGCGGAGCCAUAAGAACCCUCACUGUGGCAGCGGCUGCCCCUUUCGAAGUUUGUGCCAAAGCCUCCGUCACUGUUCCCAACAAGCUCGGCGACUGUCCAUUUUGUCAAAGGGUGUUGCUGACUCUAGAGGAAAAGAAUCUCCCUUAUGACCUGAAGUUGGUGGACUUGGCUAACAAGCCAGAGUGGUUCUUAAAGAUUAAUCCAGAAGGUAAAGUACCUGUGAUAAAUCUGAAUGAGAAAUGGGUUGCAGAUUCAGAUGUUAUCACACAAGCUUUGGAAGAAAAGUAUCCAGAUCCACCUUUGGCAGCCCCCCCUGAGAAGGCUUCAGUUGGGUCUAAGAUCUUCUCCACAUUUAUUGGGUUCCUUAAGAGCAAAGACCCCAAAGAUGGAACAGAACAAGCAUUGCUAAAUGAACUUAUCUCUUUCAAUGAUUAUCUCAAAGAAAAUGGUCCUUUCAUCAAUGGGAAGGAGGUUUCUGCUGUAGAUUUUUCACUUGGACCCAAGUUGUAUCAUCUAGAGAUUGCUUUGGGGCAUUUUAAAGAUUGGUCAGUUCCAGAUUCCCUUCCAUAUGUGAAGUCUUACAUGAAGAGUAUAUUCUCACUGGAUUCAUUCGUCAAAACUAGUGCCCUGAAAGAAGACGUCAUUGCGGGUUGGCGGCCGAAAGUCUUGGGUUAAAAUUGUCUUGCUGUUCUCUUUCUGUGGGACACCUUAGGUACAUACCUUACCUUCACCUGUUCUGUACCUUAAUCAAAUGAAUUCCUCUAUUAUUGACUUCUAUGUUGGAUUUCAUUUUCUUACUGUGAAACAAGAGAGUACAAUGAGUUCAUAGAUAGCGAAAAAAAGGAAGAAAGAACGAGUUUGUAUAUCCGGUGUUUAGAAUUUGGAGUGUAUUACUUGUGAGAAUGUGAA